AUGGCGCGGUUAACACUUAUUGAUAUCAUCGGUGGACGUCCUUCUUUACUUCUACUCUUGACCAUUGUCGCAACUUGCAUCACACCAAACUGCGCCUUCAGUCUGGAAUCACGAGAUUCAGAUACCUGCCCAAGCUCCUACAACAAGUGUGGAAGCUCAAAGUUGCCGGACAACUUCUGUUGCUCUUCCUCGUCGACCUGUGUCAGUUUGGAUGACUCGAGUUCCGCAAUCUGCUGUCCCAGCGGCCAGGACUGUUCCUAUAUCGCGCCAAUUACAUGUGAUGUGCAACUCCAAAAUGCCACUCUCUACCCGAAAAAUGUUGUCAAGACGACAAGGCUGGACGAGGAACUCCCAAAGUGUGGUGACUCAUGCUGUCCUUUUGGGUAUACUUGCCAGGGAGACAACACAUGUGCUCUGGUUAAGGAUAGUUCAGCAACAGCAACCUCUUCCAUCUCAUCUUCGACACCUACAUUUGCUACAUCUACAAAAGCGUCAUCAUCUGAAACAUCUAACACCUCUUCAGCUUCACAAGCAUCUUCAACAGCCGAUGCCUCUUCUACUGGUACUGAUGCCCAACCUCUCAGUACGAUCUCGGUGACAACACCCUCCUCUUCCUCUUCAUCUUCCCCUCACUCAGGAAUCUCAUCGCUAUCGGCAAAUUCCGUUGAGAACUCCGACUCCAACUCCAAUUCAAACAACACUACUGUAACGGGAAAUUGUCCAUCCUUCCCCAGUGCAGCCGUCGCCGCCGGCUUUUUCCCAGGCGCCGUCUUCGGCGCCAUGGCAAUACUACUGUCAAUCUUCUGCCUGCGAAGAAGACAGCAGAAGCGUGACCUCCCACCCUCAGUCAAGGUCUUCAACCACACAAAGCGAUCAUCAAACGGGACAUUAAUCGGUAUCUCGGAACCGAUCCCAUCAGACGAAACAUCUUUCCGCACCGAUUUCCUCCUCCAAAACAACCAAAAGCGCACUUCAGACGGCGCGCGCUCAAUGCUCCAGCGCACCGGAACUCGCGUCAAGAGCCUUUUCGGUGCAACCCCAAAACUCUCUUCGCGUAACUCGGCUAAACCCCCUCCACUACCUAUCACUAUCGCGCCCCGGCAGCCCAGUACCGAGAGUAUCAAGGUGUACACACCACCGGGUGUAUUUGCAACAUCGGGCUUCCUCAAACCGGCCCCCGACCCGGUCGACAGACCCGAUACAACCUUUACCGAAAUGAUGGACAGAGUUGGAUUCAAGAAUAACAAUGGCGACCCUUGUUACCGUGUCACGGAUCAAGACAAUAAAAGUGGUCUUCGUGUACAACAGAAUGCUUGA